AUGGUGAUCUCCUGGAUAUUGUUCAAUGUAUCUGAACCCAUUAAAAAAUCUAUAAUGUUUGUCGAGAAUGCUUCUCAAAUCUUGAAAUUUCUUGAACAAAGGUAUCUAGUAUCUAAUGGUUCUAGAAAGUACAGAUUAAACAAAGAAAUCCAUGAAGCUAAGCAGCAAGGUAAAAGCAUAAUUGACUAUUACACAGAAAUGAGGGGUUUGUGGGAAGAGUUGGAUGCCCUAAACCAUCUCCCACCUUUCAGUGUUGUAGAUCCUGAAAUUAAUGCCUUUAUCCUUGCCCUUAACACACAUCAAGAAGAGCUGAAGUUGUUUCAGUUUCUCAAUGGACUUGAUGAAAUUUAUGGGCCUCAAAGGAGCAAUCUGGUCAUGAUGAGUAGUUUAACAAGGGUUGAAACUGCUUGCAGCAGCCUUCAACAAGAAGAAUGUCAAAGGGAGAUGUUGAAGCCUGUGAAAGAAGAAAAUGAAGUCACAGCCAUGUUUACUACCAAAGGGAAAGAAGGGGGAUGCAGUGUAUGUGGAAAGCUUGGGCAUAACAAGCAAGGAUGUGUGCUGAAAGGCAAGAGGAAGGAGUACAACAACAACAUUAGACCUCAGAAAUGGAAGAAAGGAGGAAAAAACACAAGGUCUAAUGUGAAGCUUGCUGCAAAUAUUCAAGGAAAAGGUGAGGGAUCAUCUUGUGGUAGCACUGCUGCUGUCAUCACCCCACAACAGUUAGAGCAACUCAUGAAGCUCCUCCCAACACCCUCAAGAGGUGGUACCUCUGAAAUUGAUGAUGAGAUGGAGUGUUCAUAUGCAGGAAUGAUCACCUGUUGGCUGUUGUUAUGCUGA